CGCCGCCUCUAAACGGACCGCAAUGAUUUAGAAGUUCAGGAAUCCCACGUGACGUCACCCGGGGGUGACGUUAUGCUCUCUAAAUAGAUCGUAUUGUAAUCUUUCCUCAGUCCAACGUGGUUUCUUCUCAGAGACUGCUUCACAUUUUCUACACUUGUUUGGUAAGUUGAAAGCCUCGCGCCACCAUGCAGAGGACCGUGCACGCGCCCCUGCAGUUUUAUGAGAAGGUGGCCAGAGUGAUGAACUCAGACCAGGAAAGGCCGUACGUCUGCAACGCUCCUGGCUGCUCUCAGCGAUUCCCCACGGAGGACCAUCUGAUGAUCCACAGACACAAACAUGAGAUGACCCUGAAGUUCCCCUCCAUAAAGAACGACAACAUGUUAUCAGACCAGACGCCGACACCAACACGCUUCCUGAAGAACUGUGAGGAGGUGGGACUGUUCAGUGAACUGGACUGCUCCAUCGAGCAGGAGUUCUGCAAGGCCCAGGAGGAGGAGGACAGUAAACAGAGCAUCUCACUGCAUGGCCAGGGAGGCCAGCACCAGCAGUCCCUCUCCCGGAUGGGCAGCCAUGACACCAGCAUCGUGAUCCAGCAGGCGCUGCCCUCGCCCCAGUCCAGCUCCGUCAUCACUCAGGCUCCAUCCACCAACAGACAGAUCGGUCCUCUGAGCGUUGGUCUGUGUGUCUUGUCAGGCCCGUCCCCCGGCUCGCUGUCCUCGCUGCUGCACCUACGGAACAGACAGAGGCAGCCGCUGCCAGCCUCCAUGCCGGGAACGCUGCCAGACCCCACCAUGCCCGGCUCCUCGGUGCUCAUGCCUAUGGAGAGACAAAUGUCCAUGGGCUCCAACAUGAUGGGUAUGCAAGGCCCCGCCCACAGCAGCUCCUGCUCCACUCACAUUCCCUCCAUGCACUCAGAGGCCAAACUGAGGCUGAAGGCGGCGCUGUCCCACCACCCGGGUGCCAUCGCCAACGGAAACAUGAACUCCAUGGGUCACAUGAUGGAGAUGAUGUCAUCGCGGCAGGAGCAGAACGCCCACCAUCACAUGCACUCGCACCCGCACCAGCACCUGCAGGCCCCGCCCCACGGCGCCUACCAGCACCACGGCCACCACCACCACAGCCAGGGCCACGGCCAGGGGGGGCACCACCACCCGCAGGGACACAACCCCCACCACAACUCCCACAACCCCCACCUCCACGCCGGGCACCCCCACCAGACCUCCCCACACCCCCCCAUGCACUCUGCUUCACAUGUAAGUCAAAUGUCACCUGCGACCCAGCAGAUGCAUCCCACGCAGACGCUGCAGUCUCCUCCGCCCAGCGGCGGGCGGCGCCGGCGAGUCGUGGACGAGGAUCCGGACGAACGUCGGAGGAAGUUUCUGGAGCGGAACAGAGCGGCAGCAACGAGAUGCAGACAGAAGAGAAAAGUGUGGGUGAUGUCAUUAGAGAAGAAAGCAGAAGAGCUCACUCAGACCAACAUGCAGCUUCAGAACGAAGUGACUAUGCUAAAGAACGAGGUGACCCAACUCAAGCAGCUUCUCCUCACACACAAGGACUGUCCCAUCACCACUAUGCAGAAAGAGUCCCAAGGUUACCUCAGUCCAGACAGCAGUCCGGCCGGCAGUCCAGCGCCAGCGUGCUCCCAGCAGCAGGUCAUCCAGCACAACACCAUCACCACCUCCACCACGACCGUAGGGGGCAGCAGCGUGCACGGGCAGACCAACCACCGCACAGACAUUAACCCCAUCCACUAGGACCAGAGACUGUUACCCCUCCUUACUGCCCUGCUUUCUGAGGGUCGCCCUCCUUUCCCUCCAUCAAGAGAAACCUCAAAGCCUGUGAGGCUGUUCUUUAUACAGUAGCUACAGUAUGUAUUUUUAUAGACCAACCCUAUUAACGCAUAAAUGUUCUAUGCUUUGUUGCCUCUUUUUUUUUUAAAUCUGUUUUUUUGUGCUUUUAGCGAGAAGGGCGUUUUAUCUCAUGCAGCAUUUAAGUGACUUUUUUUCUGUUGUGUAAUGGUACAAAAAGGAUCCCGGUGGUGAUGGAACCAGACUGUCUCUGUCUCUAGAAGCAGACUUACAUCUCUAUAUGCCUGAUGGACUGAAAACAAGUCAAAUCAUUCUCUAAAUAUCUCAUGUGGACAGUAUGUUGAGUGUAUGAGAUGUUUCUGCCUUUAAGUUGUCUUUGAAACGUCACCGUGAUGUCUUGAAGACAGGAAUAUGCAAGCAGGUGUAAUGAAACUCUUCUAUCCUAAAAUGACUGUUAACCCUUUACCUGUCAGCCGUAUUCUUAAAAAGAGUGUCAUAAAUACAGCGUAAACAUGAUCAAAUGUAAGCAAUACAUUGCAGUAUUGAUCAUCUUCUCUGCUGUGUGUCCAGGUUAUGACCAGGACAUACGAUGCUGUUACAGCUAUAACUGUACACUGUGAUACCAGUGAGGCAGCUUGGAGUUGCUCUCCAGGACCAACUGAAGCUUUAAUCGUCUCUUUUUGUGUGUUUGUGCAUCUGGAUUUUAAGGAUCCAUAGUUUAUAAAGUGUGCAUGUGAAUUAUGAUGUUUUGCCUUCUUUCCUCUGCAGAACAAAGUUCAGCAGGUGUGGAAAGAAAGAAAAACAGAAAAAUUGUGCGAGAGAGAGAAAGUGAGCAUGAUUUUUUUUUAAAGUGGCAUCACCCACCUGGCAAAGAGUCUCACGGUUUCUAAGGAGGAGCAGUUAAUGCCUGUGCUUUCCAAAAUGUCACAACGUGCCUGAAUCUUCUUAAAAUCUUUUGUUGGCUGUUUUUCCUUCAAACAAUCAAAACCAUUUCAUUCUCAGUGUUUGUUAACGAGGUUUCUCUGGAUGUCUGCUGCAGUCAGACCUGAACCAGCUGACCAGGAAGAAAAAUACCUGCUUUCAUUUCCCCUCAGACCUCUUCAUCACCUCGUCUUCAUCACCUCGUCUUCCUCUCUUUCUCAGGCCUCCUCUGCAGAGCGAUGGAUGUACUAAUACUGACCUCUCUUCUUUAAACUUCAUUCUUCUCAUGUCCUCCACCACUCCUCCUUAUCUCCUCUUUAUCUUCCCUAUGACCAGGAAUGUCGCCUCAUAGCAUGAUGACCAUAAUGACCAUAAUGCACUGUGUUUUACAGAAGGAUGGAUGAAAACAUUCCACUGACAGGUGGAGCGAUCGCAGAGCUGUCUAUGCACUUUGUCCUCUGUCACCAGAGGGUAGAAUAGCCAUAUUAAGGUCCCAGUAAUUCUCAGUGACCCCUCCCCCCCCUUUUUUCACACACCAGCGAGAAACUAAACUGUGUUUGGCUUUAUGGAGACUGUGCCUGGCAUGGACCACAUGUCUGUAGAUUAAAGGUGAUGGAGGCUCUAUUAAGGACCCUGCACUGUUAAGUUUGGGCCCUUUUUAUCCUCAAAAAAAAAAAAAGAUGAGGGAAUUGAAAAUCUUAUUCCUCAUAAUGGGUUACAUCCAAGCUUUGCUGAAGCAUUGUGACUGUUAAUGUGGUGUAAUAACCUGCAGUCUGUGGAAGAUGAGAUGUGGCACGAUUAGAAGAUGAGAAGUUGAUUCUCAUGAAAAAGGGCUUAGUCGUACCGACCCUUUGAACUGAAGCUUGCCUUGUUUUAGGUUGUUUUUUAAACCAUAUUUAGACUGUUACAUCAUUCCAAAUUAACCUCUUGCAUGUGAAAAUUAUGGCGAUGACCUCAAAAUACUUUCAACUGGAAUCAAUUGGAGGAUAUUGCUGUUUGAGAGUCUCUAGUUUGAUUUUUACGUGGGUCCAGGUCCACAGAAAGACAUUUGUUCCUACAACAGGUGGAGGUGCAGUAAAGAGUAAAGAGGUGGAGAACAAUUCCAACGUAUUAAUGAUGUUAUAAUUGUAUUAUUUUAAAUCUAAAACUAUAAAUAUUGUACAUAAUGUCAUUAAUUUCUGUAAUCCUGUACAUGUAAUGCAACCACCUUUCUUUUUGAAGGGAGUCAAUGUGUGGUACAUGUCUGUAAAUAAUGUUUAGCACUUGUUGCCUUCUGUUGUACGUCGAGGCUCAUUUCAGCGCUUAAAUACAUUGUUUAUAUGUAAUGAACUGAUGAAUCAUUCUCGCCUGCAUAACUUUGUACAUUUUUGUGUGUCUGUAAUGACAUUGUCUCAAUUUUUUGUUUUGCAUUUGUACAGAUGUUAAAAUAUCACUGCAGUUACAUUACGGUAUGAAAAUAAAGCACUUGUUCUGUAACAUACAA